UCCUCUUCCUCAACGGUCUAUGGAGAACCGGAAAACGUUCCAUUUGUUGAGGAUUUCCCGUUAAAUCCCACGAACCCUUAUUCGCGAUCCAAGUAUUUCCUUGAAGAAAUUGCUCGAGAUAUCCAGAAGGCAGAUCCUGAAUGGAAAAUGAUCUUGUUGAGGUACUUUAAUCCUGUUGGGGCUCAUGAGAGUGGCAAACUUGGUGACGAUCCAAAGGGCCAUUCAAACAAUCUUAUGCCCUACAUAACGCAAGUAGCUCUUCGAAGAUUGCCUGAACUUUAUGUACUGGGUACUAAUUAUCCUACUCGUGAUGGUAGUGCGAUCCGAGAUUACAUCCAUGUUAUGGAUUUGGCAGAUGCUCAUAUUUUUGCACUCCAGAAGCUUUCCUCCUGUGAUUAUACAGGCUGCACUGCAUACAACUUGGGAACUGGUUCUGGUACAUCUGUAUUGGAACUGGUUGCUGCAUUUGAGAAGGCAUGCGGAGAGAAAAUCCCUGUAAAACAUUUUCCAAGAAGAUUAGGAGAUGCCAUUGAACUCUAUGCUUCUACUGAGAAAGCGGAGAAGGAACUUGGUUGGAAGGCAAUAUAUGGGAUUGAAGAAAUCUGCAGGGACCAAUGGAAAUGGGCAAUCAUGAAUCCAAUGGGAUACUGGUCCAAGCCUCGAGAAGAUGGAUACAAUAUAUUCUUAGAAGAAUCGACGGGUUCUGGAAAAUCACAUUGAGGUCUACUUAAUCAAUUCAUAUAGUCUGCCACAAUGAAAAUUACAAAUAAAGAAUUGUGGAGGAACAGAAUGGAAAUUAAAAAAUUGUAGAAUUUUCGUUUCGCAAAGGCCAUGACUUGCCCGGUUCUGUAACUCUUUUGGAUGGCAUGGCUCUACUUGAAAAUAAUGCUCCAAUCAAUUGGUUUUGGCUGUUG